GUUAAAAGCUUAAUAAACGUAACUAGAGGUGGCAGACAAGUAGUUAAAAAUUAUAUUUAUCAAUUCUCAAUGUCGGCAUCCGCCAUUUUUAAAGAGAUCAGUAGCCGAUUGACUAUCGCUCCGCGUACAUCUACUGUUUAAAACAAAAUUUUAAAUUAAUUAAAUGCCAGUGAAUAACUAACACACAGACGGAAAAACCCGCUUGUGUUUGUGAAUAAAAACCACCUAAAUUUGGAACCGGACAGUUGCUAAAUUAUCCAGUAUAAAUAUCGACUAAGUAAUAAUAAUAAAUAGAAUAAUUUUAAUGUCAAUAUAUAAAUUGUCGGAUUAUACACACACAUACCGGAAGAUUUAAGUGAUCGUGUGAGCUCACAAGUCGAUGGCGUAAUCGGCUUGCUACGACUGUUUAUCUAUUGCGUUCUACCUUUGAUAAGUCACCAAAAUUAUAAAAAUUAUUCACACUCAAUAAAUUAGUCACACUGACACCUUGACAGUAACCAUCUCCGUCUCAGUUAAAAUGUCGACACCGUACUCAUCUGGCGGGCUCUCAAAGCUCAAGAAAAAACACUUUCGUGUUAAGCAUCAAAAGGUCAAGCUUUUUCGUGCCAACGAGCCACUCCUAAGUGUUUUUAUGUGGGGUGUCAAUCAUACUAUAAAUGAGCUAAGUCACGUAAACAUACCUGUCAUGCUACUACCAGAUGAUUUUAGGGCUUACAGCAAAUUAAAAGUCGAUAAUCAUUUAUUUAAUAAAGAAAACAUGCCGUCGCACUUUAAGAUUAAAGAAUACUGUCCAUUGGUAUUCAGAAAUUUGCGCGAGAGAUUUGGAAUCGAUGAUGUCGAUUACAAGGAAUCAAUGACUAGAUGUCGUGUGUUUAAUCCGUCGCGACGUACGGGUCGAUUGAAAAAACGAGAAAAUCCAGGUGAAAAUGUAAAUAGGCCAAUGAGUGCAAAUGCGAAGAUCCAUCAAUUGGUACAGCGAUCGGCAACAGCUCCUACUAUAACAGUACCGUCUUCGUCAGCGAAUUCAACAAACGCGCAUACACAAUUACCCCAUAUCAAUAAGCCACAACGUACCUACAGUUUUAAACCAAAGCGUCUGAGAUCCCAGCCUACAUUAGACGACUCGUCUGGAAAAAGCGGCGCUAAGUUUUAUCAAUCUUACGACAAAUUAUUUAUCAUAAAAACGUUGACAAGCGAAGAAGUCGAGAGAAUGCAUUCAUUUUUGAAACAUUAUCACCCGUAUAUUGUAGAAAGACACGGAAAGACUUUACUACCCCAGUAUUUAGGAAUGUAUCGAUUGACGGUCGACGGCGUGGAGCACUAUGUGGUUGCAAUAAGGAAUGUCUUUUCAAAUCAUUUGACAACGCACAAAAAAUUCGACCUCAAAGGGUCAACUGUUGACCGCGAAGCGUCUGAUAAGGAAAAGGAGAAAGAAUUGCCGACAUACAAGGACAAUGAUUUUGUUAAAGAGGGGAUGAAAAUUUAUAUUGGCGAGGAGGCCAAGACUAAAUUGAUUGAAACAUUAACUGCUGAUGUUGAUUUUCUAACAAGAUUACAUUUGAUGGAUUACUCAUUGCUGCUGGGAUUACAUGACUGCGCAAGGGCCGAGCAGGAAAAUCGCGAGCGAGCUGAGCGUGGUGAAGAUGAGGAUAACCAUGAAGAUGAAGAAGACAGCGAGUCUGGCAGCGGAGUUGAAUCGCGAGGACCUAAUGCCGAUCGCAAUUGGGGCUGGAGUGGAGUCGCAGCAAUGACAACACCUCCGGAGUCACCUCACGCUGGAUUAAUGAGAGAGAUGAGUCUUCAGUAUGAAGGAGCAAUCAUUCCUGAGCUUGACAUUUACGCCAUUCCUAGCGCAGAAGGAGCUCCUAAUAAAGAAAUAUAUUUCCUGGCAAUAAUAGACGUAUUAACCCACUACGGAGUAAGAAAACAAGCGGCCAAAGCAGCUAAAACAGUUAAGUACGGUUCUAACGUCGACGGAAUAUCGACCUGUGAUCCAGAACAAUACGGCAAAAGAUUUAUUGAAUUUAUGAGUAAGGCUAUUGAAUAAAUAAAUAUUUAAAUAUAUAAAUCAUUAAGUCUCAUUGUUAGUAUUUAAGUAAAAUUAAAUCAAAGGAUUUAUCGUUGAUUUAAAUGAUUUUUUUAUCGAUAAAAAGAAGCUCUAACUAAAGAUAAAUUUAUAAAUUUUAGCGUUUAUUAAAUACGCACUACAUUGUCAUUUUAUAUUAAUAUUAAUUUUACAUUUUCAAACUUUAUUUCCAUCUUUCUUUUUUAUUUAUUUUCAAUAGUCUAAUAAAAAUAACGCGCAAAUAGAUAAUAAUUUAGAAUCAAAAUAAAUUAUCCACGCAUGAUCUAAAGCGUGACUUUAAAGGAAUAUUUAAAAAAAUUAAUAAUAAAAAAACAAUGAUAAUAAU